GUUAGCGCUAUGCUAACAUUAGCCAGCCCAGCCAGCUAGCUAUCGAUUAAAUUAUAUGUAGUAGGUUACUGUAACUGUAAGUAACUGUAUAUAGAAGCGUUUCCACUGAAGGCAUUAUUCCUGUUCCAGGAGAAAAAUGAUGAAACAAACGAUACAGAUAUUCGCUCGUAUUAAACCCAGUAGGAAAACUACGGCGGUGUACUCUGUGAACAGUUUGGAGCAGACGGGUGCCUCUCUGGAGUUUGUGGUGCCCAAGGAUGUGGCCGAUGGCUUUGUUAACAACAAGAGGGAAAGCUACAAAUUCAGGUUCCAGAAAGUUUUUGAUCAAGCUGCCAACCAGGAAGAGAUAUUUGAAACCAUUGCCAAACCAGUUGCAGACAGUGUGUUGGCAGGCUACAAUGGCACCAUUUUUGCCUAUGGCCAGACGGGCAGCGGGAAGACAUUUACCAUCACAGGGGGGGCAGAGCACUACAGUGAUCGUGGCAUCAUCCCUCGCACCCUUUCCUACCUGUAUCAGCGCUUUAGCCAGGACAGCAGCAUGCUGUAUACCACCCACAUCUCUUACUUGGAGAUCUAUAAUGAGGUGGGCUACGACCUUCUGGAUACCCGGCAUGAAGCCUCUCGCCUGGAGGACUUACCUAAGGUAGUAAUCAUGGAGGAUCCAGACCAGAACAUCCACCUCAGGAACCUGUCGCUGCAGCAGUCAGCAAAUGAGGAGGAAGCUCUGAAUCUCCUCUUCCUGGGUGACACCAAUCGUAUGAUUGCAGAGACCCCCAUGAAUCAGGCAUCCACACGCUCCCACUGCAUUUUCACUGUGCAUUUGUGCGGGCGUGAGCCGGGCUCGGCUACCCUGCGACGUUCCAAGCUCCACCUGGUGGAUCUUGCCGGGUCAGAGAGGGUGGGCAAGACUGGAGUAGGUGGACAGCUGCUCACUGAGGCCAAGUACAUCAACCUCUCUCUUCAUUACCUGGAGCAGGUGAUCAUAGCUUUGUCAGAGAAGAACCGUUCCCACAUCCCAUACAGGAACUCUAUGAUGACCUCUGUGCUGAGGGACAGCCUGGGGGGCAACUGCAUGACCACCAUGAUUGCCACUGUCUCAGUCGACAGGAUGAACCUUGGUGAGUCCAUCUCAACAUGUCGCUUUGCCCAGCGCGUGGCUCUCAUCAAGAAUGAGGCGUUAUUGAAUGAAGAACUGGAUCCAGCUCUGCUGAUAACACGUCUGAGGAGGGAGAUCCAGUCUCUGAAGGAAGAACUCUCCAUGGUGAGCGGAGAACGGAGAAACGACCAACUAACCGAGGAGGAGAUCCAAAAGUUGGAAAUGGUACUCAAGGCAUUUCUGGAUGACCCUGAUCCUGAGGUGACACUGUCUUUGGGACCAGACAUGAGAAAAAUCCAGCACUGUUUUUCUCUGCUGAAGACGAUGAUCCGAGACAAGCUAAGAGGAGGUGAUGGACAGGUGGCACCAGCAGCAGCAGCGAGUGAAGCACAAACCCAAGGCAGCCCCCGUCCAUCAGAUCUGACCAGACUAAAAGAGAUGUUAAAACAGCGUGACAGUGAGAUCAGUAUCCUGGUUAGUAUGCUGAAGAAGGAAAAGAAAAGGGCCCAGGAUGCUGCUGCCCAGCUGGCUAACAUCACCAGUGACCACAGACUGGCCUCCCAGCGUGCCUUGGCAUCUUCCACCAUGCCACUGAUAGGGGAGGGAAGCAUCGACACCAUCUCUGCUGACCAAGGCGGACCAGCUACACAGUACAGGAAGAGAGGUCUACAGUUGUCUGUGGGAAAGCAAGAGGCCUUUGAGAUCUUCAGGAGGGACCAUGAGGACCAGCUGACCAUUGAAGACAACAAGGCUCUUCUCAAACAGAGGUUUGCUGAGGCCAGAACACUUGGGGAGCAAGUGAACGAAGCGAGAAACAGAGUUAAUGAAUUGAAGAGGCAGCUGGAGGUGCGAAGGAUGCAGAGAGCAGCUCAUGGUGUAACAGGGAAUUACACAGAGGCUGAAGGUGAGGCAGACCCCGUUGAAGAAAACCUACGCAAACAAAUCGAGGAAGAGAAAAAGACUUACAAGAGCACCUUUGGCUGUCUGAAGGUAUUGAGGACAGAGAUUGAGCACCUGCAGCUGUUGCUGGAGAGGGCAAAGGUCAAGCUCCAGAAGGACUUCCAGGACUGGUGGAGUCAGGAGGCUUCCAAUCUGCAGGUAUCUGAGUCAGAGGCCACAGCUGGACGUCAAACAGGGCAGACAACUCAGAACUUGCAACCCUCUUCACCUGGCGUUCGAGGAUUUCGUGCACCCAGUCAAAGCAGCACUGCCAGACCCCUCUCAGCACCAAGAGACCCAGACUCCUCGGCCAGUCCCUCACCACGAGACCUCAGGAGCCAGGUGCCAGCCUGGAGUGACAAGCCACAAGUUGGGAGGGAGACUGCCAUCACCCCUUCACCCGAGCUGAGGGCACUUUCCACCACUCAGCUCUCAUCCUCCGCCAUCCCCCUGACUGGAGACCAGCAGACAGAUGCAGACAUCUUGGCCUUUAUCAGAGCCAGACAAAGCCUGCUCAAUAGGACAGGCCAGUCUCAGUGAUGAUAUGAGGAGCUAAGGCUGUACGCACGUCUUCAUCGUUGGACUGCUUGUCAAGCCUCAUCAUCUAUCAGGUAAAGGAAGAGAGUUUCUGAAAUAUCUGUGAGAGGUCCAGGGAUGGAGAUGGACUGAUGAUGACGAGAGCAGCUGAUGUGCCAUGAUUGAGCAAAUAGAUAUAUUUUUUUAUUUCCACACAUACUAGAUUUCUUAUGAAAAGACAACACACACACACGUACGCAUAAUGAUUCACCUGCUGGAGAUGAUGCUGGUGAUGUAACGGUCAGCGGUGUAAAUCACAGCCAGUGCCGGCCAUUUGAUCUGAACAAAUGUUGUCUCAAGAUAUCAGGAGGAACUGGCCGUGAACUGGACCGGACACUGACAGGCCAGUUAACUCAAACAACCCCGGUUUCUGUUUAAAGACGGAAUGAAUUAUGACUUUUGGUCAUCAUUCAUGGUCACAGGAAACCUCAACAUUUAUUUCGAAUGCAUGUUGUGUUUGUUGUACUUCAGUGAGUGUUUACCAGCUGCCAUUUUGUGUAAAAUACUGUGAAUAGUGCUGUGUGCAAUCAAGUAUAUGACCCUCAGAGAAAGACACAAUUUGACUUUUUUUAAUGUAAACCGUGACUUCAAUGUGAAUCACAAAAUCUGCACAAAAUAUUAAAACUAACAAUUGAUGAUAAUGAUGGAGAAUAAUAUCUUGCAGACUACUUUUUAUACAAAUAGAGACAGUGAGGU